CGAUGAGGUGAAGCCAACAAAACGCCCAUCCCAGCCACAGCCAGCUGAGCCAGCGCACUGCAGCCGUGGAAGCGAAGUUAUGGUCCGGCCGAGGGUGCUUGAGCUUGCUUUCGAGCUAUAGAAAUUAACGAAAUCUUCAAUAUGGAAUUUAAGAAUGCUGUAUUCAACGCUGCAAAAGAUGGCAAGCUUAAGCGUCUCAAGGUGUUUUUGGACCAUAGGCCAAAGGAGGAAGUCCAGAUGUUGGUUUCUGCCACAACAAAUGGAGCGACACCGCUAGUGAUGGCAUCUCGAAAUGGCCAUCUUGAUGUGGCUGACUACCUUCUUGACAGAUGCAACGCUGACAUUGAGCAGGUGGGCUCGGUGAGCUUUGAAGGCGAGACCAUCGAGGGUGCUCCGCCUCUGUGGUGUGCAGCGGCAGCGGGCCACCUCACUGUAGUGCAGAGGCUGGUGGAACGGGGUGCUCGCGUGAAUGCUACCACACGGACCAAUUCCACUCCACUGCGAGCUGCUUGCUUCGACGGCCACCUCGCCAUUGUGCGGUACCUAGUGGAGCGCGGCGCUGACAUAGAAAUUGCCAACCGCCAUGGGCACACCUGUCUCAUGAUUGCCUGCUACAAGGGGCACCUGGACAUCGCCAGCUACCUCGUUGCUCAAGGCGCCCACGUCAACCGCAAGAGUGCCAAAGGAAACACUGCUCUGCACGAUUGUGCUGAAUCUGGGAGCCUGGACAUUCUGCGGUUGCUGCUGGAACAUGGGGCCCGGGUUGAGCGAGAUGCGUAUGGCCUCACACCGCUUCUGGCUGCAGCAGUCACAGGCCAUGCCCCAGUGGUGGAGUUCCUUUCCUCAUUACCCGACUGCCCACGGGAGCAGCGUGUGGAGGCUUUGGAGCUACUGGGGGCCACUUUCGUAGACAAGAAGCGCGACUCACCCCGUGCCCUGGCUCUCUGGCGCAGGGCCCUGGAAGAGCGCUGCCUUGACCCCCCACUGCCCAAGCCCUCGAGGCCGACUACUACUGCUUAUGGUCAUGCGAUGGAAGCCAACUCUCCAGCUGACCUGGAUGACCUUCUCUGCGAGCCAGACCAAAUGCGCAUGCAGGCUCUCCUGGUGAGAGAGCGUGUAUUGGGUCCUGCGCACCCAGACACGGCAUACUACAUUCGUUACCGUGGUGCUGUGUAUGCGGAUCUUGGGGACUUCAACCGCUGUGUGGCCCUCUGGCUCUAUGCACUGGACAUGCAGCAGCGCUGCCUUGAACCGUUCAGCCCCAUGACUCAAAGUAGCCUGCUGUCCUUUGCAGAGCUUUUCUGCUUCAUGAUGGCUGAGGCCAGGCCUGCAAGGCCAUCGCGACGCCAGCUGGCCCCCGUUGAGUUUGGAGAUGUCCUUGCUGUCUUUGAGCGUGCUGUGACGGAGCUUGUGUCUGCUGGGUGCCACAUGCCAGAACCAGCCGAGGGUGUCCAGCGCACGUUGGUUAUUGCACUGCAGCUUGCAGCUCUCCUGUGUAGGCUGCAGUCACAGAGCAGCGUGGAGGAAGAUGCCUUCCGACGUGCUGCCUACCGAUUGGUGCACUUAGAUCUGCGAGGCCCACGUGGUGAAACAUGCCUGCACUUGGCAUGUGGUCGUGCACCACCAGCCAGCCGCCAGGCUUUGGGCGCCGUCUGCCAGGAGGCUUUCCCGGCACCCCCUCUUGUGCGUCUACUGCUCGAACUUGGAGCUGACCCCAAUGCCACUGAUCACGACCGGCGUACACCCUUGCACGUCGCAGCACGCAGCAAACCGUGUUCGCGAGCUGCAGCGCUUGCGCUGUUAGCCCGUGGUGCACACCUAGACCACACCGAUGCCACCGGUCGCACACCCUUGGACUAUGCACCCAUGCUGGUGGAUUGUAGCCCUCUUCGUUACACUGGCCUGCAGUGUCUGUGUGCACGUGCCAUUGUGCGCUUUCAGCUGCCCUUCCAAGGACUGGUGCCGCACCAGCUGGAGAGCUUCAUCCAAAGCCACUGAACAAUGUGGCAAGGCACGUGUGAUGCCUUUAUCUCCCUUCCCCCCUCUCCUCGUCUGUUCUCUGCGAGUCAUUUUCUUUUUCCCAACCAGUCCUAGGUUCAUAGAAUUGCAUGAGAGACUGCCAGGGUCUUUGUGUGGCUAUUGUACUGUGGAGGCAGAAGUCAGGCUCAUUGUGGUAAGAAAGGUGUUCUGAAAGCAGUUAA